AUUUGUCGCCCUGUUCCGCCUUGCUGUCUGUGAGCGACUUCCGCUGCGAGCGUCAAAUAUGGCCACGUCCAGACUAGAGAUCAAUUUUAUCAGAUUAUUAUCGCGCUGUGAGUCUCUGGCUUCAGAAAGCAGAAAUGAGACAGAAUGGAGACUGGAGAAGUACGUUGGUGCUCUUGAGGAGAUGCUUGCUGCCCUUAAAAAGACUCCCAGCAAACCAGCAGCGGAAAUACUGACGGACUAUAACCGCAAGGUGGACUUCCUCAAGGGUCUCUUAGAGGCAGACAAACUGCCGUCUCCAGCAGAGAAGUCUUUAGCCAAUCAGUUUCUGGCUCCUGGACGGACGCCGACGAUAUCCAGCGAGAGAACGCCGGCCAGUAAGACGGUGCACAUUCAGAGCAAAGCGCGAUGUGUUGGAGAAAUGAGGAAGGAGCUGAUGAGCACCGGUGUGUCAAAUUCCGGUUCAUUGGAGACAGAUCUCAGACACAGAAAGAGUGUUCCUGUAGAUGAGCAGCAGUCUGCAGCAGAGCUGGAUGCUAUUCUACAGCAUCAUAACAACCUGCAGGAGAAACUGGCCGAUGACAUGCUGAAUCUCGCUCGCAACCUCAAGAACAACACUCUGGCGGCCCAGAACAUCAUCAAGCAGGAUAACCAGACUCUCACUCAGUCUAUGCGUCAGGCCGACAUGAACUUCGAGAAGCUGAAGACUGAGUCAGAGCGUCUGGAACAACAUGCCAAGAAAUCCGUCAACUGGUUCCUGUGGCUGAUGCUCAUCGUCGUCUCCUUCACGUUUAUCAGCAUGAUCCUCUUCAUAAGACUGUUCCCGCGACUCAGAUGAUGUUAAUCAUCAUUAGAUCAGCUAGAUUUAAUUUAUAUAUAACAACAGUUUACGUAGACACUAACCAGUAAUAAUAAAGAUGAUUGACAGGCUCGAUUAUUCAGUCAGUCAAUCCUGCGAACAUUUCCAUUACCUGCAUGCCAUUGUUGAUGUCAUAAUGAAUUCGCGCCGAGUCCCUGUGAAUGACGUCUUAAACGAAUCCCCUUUUAGCAUAUUUGUUCGAAUGUUCGUUCAAAUGAACGGUAAGUAGCCUAUGUGAACCAUAAACUGUUCGUCAGUCAUUUAAAUACGUAACCUGACGCCAAACGUUCUUAAUACUAAUUCUGAGACCGGCAUUUUCGUCUUUUUAAAGAUGCGUUCAAGUUUUCCCCGAAUUGUCUUCAGUUCCAACAGGUUUAUAAAACAUUGCUUAAUAUAGCUACUAUAUUUUGACACUAUAUACGAGAGUUUUGAGAUGCUUAAAAUGACUGACAGUUUCUGUUAGUCGCUUUCUCACGUACGGUCGCUAUAAAAACGGACCGAGCUGUUUUAAGAUCCGGUUGACUUGUCUAGACUCGCCUUGUCGAUCAGGAAAUGUCCUGGCAAACAGCAGGAAGUAUUUUUGGCCGUCGGAAGAACAGAUGGAGACUAUCUUCUCCACCCAGAGAGUAAAUGGCCCAUAUUUAGCUGCUAACGAUCUAUUUGUGCUUGCACUUGGACGGAGAAUUAAGUAUUGCUCAAAUAUGGUUAACGUGUUUGUUAGUGCACAGCUCUAUUGAUGGAUCUAAUGUGCAUCUUUUUACUUUUUCCUUUUUUCUUCUUUUUUUUCAAUCAGAUGUGUUCGAAAGUUAUCUGUGAUCAAAAUACAGGAGUGUGCAUUGUUUUAAUAAAAUAAUUUGCAAUCUG